GCCGCCUCCGUCCCGUCCCCCGGCCGCCUCGGAAACGCGGACUGGAAGACGCCAGCCGGAUCCGCUAACACCGGAGUUCCGCCCCGAGGGCGGAAGUGCGCGCCGCAGACUGGGCAGCUGACGGGCCCGCGACAUGGUGGCACCGGUGCUCGAGACUUCUCACGUGUUUUGUUGCCCAAACCGGGUGCGGGGUGCCUUGAGCUGGAGCUCGGGGCCUGGAGGACUGCUGGCCUUCGGCACGUCCUGCUCCGUAGUGCUCUAUGACCCUCAGAAAAGGGUUGUUGUUACCAACCUGAAUGGUCAUGCUGGUCGAGUCAAUUGUGUACAAUGGAUUCACAAACAGGAUGGCUCUCCUUCUACUGAAUUAGUUUCUGGAGGAUCUGACAAUCAAGUGAUUCACUGGGAAAUUGAGAAUAAUCAGGCAGUUCAUCUCCAAGGCCAUGAAGGACCUGUUUAUGCAGUGCAUGCUUUAUACCAGAGGAGGGCAUCAGAUGUGGCAUUACACACACUGGUAGCUUCUGCGUCUUCAGAUUCUACUGUUCGGCUCUGGUCUAAAAAGGGUUCUGAAGUAACCUGCCUUCAGAUUUUGAACUUUGGAAAUGGAUUUGCUCUGGCUCUCUGUUUAUCUUUUUUGCCUAAUACAGAUGUACCAGUGUUAGCCUGUGGUGGUGAUGACUGCAAAAUUCACUUGUUUGUUCAACAAAAUGAUCAGUUUCAGAAAGUGCUUUUUCUCCAUGGACAUGAGGAUUGGAUAAGAGGCGUGGAAUGGGCAACCUUUGGUAGAGAUCUUUUCCUAGCAAGCUGUUCACAAGAUUGCCUCAUAAGAGUAUGGAGACUGUAUAUAAAAUCUACAUCUUUAGAAAACCAGGAUGACAAUAAUAUAAGACUGAAGGAAAAUACUUUCACUAUAGAAAAUGAAAGUAUUAAGAUAGCAUUUGCAAUUACACUGGAGACUGUACUAGCUGGACACGAAAACUGGGUGAAUGCAGUUCAUUGGCAACCUUCAUUUUACAGAGAUGGAGUUCCACAGCAGCCAAUGAGAUUGUUGUCUGCCUCCAUGGAUAAAACUAUGAUUCUCUGGGCUCCAGAUGAAGAGUCAGGAGUUUGGCUAGAGCAGGUUCGAGUAGGUGAAGUAGGUGGUAAUACUCUGGGAUUUUAUGACUGCCAGUUCAAUGAAGAUGGCUCCAUGAUCAUCGCUCAUGCUUUCCAUGGAGCCCUGCACCUUUGGAGACAGAAUGCAGCCAACCCAAAAGAAUGGACCCCAGAGAUUGUCAUUUCAGGACACUUUGAUGGUGUCCAAGACCUAGUGUGGGAUCCAGAAGGAGAAUUUAUCAUCACUGUUAGUACAGAUCAGACAACUCGACUUUUUGCUCCAUGGAAGAAAAGAGACCAAUCACAGGUGACUUGGCAUGAAAUUGCGAGGCCUCAGAUACAUGGGUAUGACCUAAAAUGUUUGGCAAUGAUUAAUCGGUUUCAGUUUGUAUCUGGAGCAGAUGAAAAAGUUCUUCGAGUUUUUUCUGCACCUCGAAAUUUUGUGGAGAACUUUUGUGCCAUUACAGGACAGUCACUAAAUCAUGUGCUUUGUAAUCAUGACAGUGAUCUUCCUGAAGGAGCUACUGUCCCUGCAUUGGGAUUAUCAAAUAAAGCUGUCUUUCAAGGAGAUAUAGCUUUUCAACCUUCUGAUCAAGAGGAACUGUUAACUAGUACUGGCUUAGAGUAUCACCAGAUGGCCUUUCAACCCUCUAUACUUACUGAGCCUCCCACUGAGGAUCAUCUUCUGCAAAAUACUUUGUGGCCUGAAGUUCAGAAAUUAUAUGGACAUGGUUAUGAAAUAUUCUGUGUUGCUUGUAACAAUUCAAAGACUCUGCUUGCCUCAGCUUGUAAGGCAGCUAAGAAAGAGCAUGCAGCUAUCAUUCUUUGGAAUACUACAUCUUGGAAACAGGUGCAGAAUUUAGUUUUCCACAGUUUGACUGUCACGCAGAUGGCCUUCUCACCUAAUGACAAGUUCUUACUAGCUGUUUCCAGAGAUCGGACAUGGUCAUUGUGGAAAAGGCAGGAUACGAUUUCACUUGAGUUUGACAUAGUUUUCAGUCUCUUUGCUUUCACCAAUAAAAUUACUUCUGUGCACAGUAGAAUUAUUUGGUCUUGUGAUUGGAGUCCUGAUAGCAAGUAUUUCUUCACUGGGAGUCGUGACAAAAAGGUGGUGGUUUGGGGCGAGUGCGACUCCAGUGAUGACUGCAUCGAGCACAGCAUCGGCCCCUGCUCUUCGGUCUUGGAUGUGGGUGGGGCUGUGACAGCUGUCAGCGUCUGCCCAGUGCUUAGCCCUUCCCAACGAUAUGUGGUUGCCAUAGGAUUAGAAUGUGGAAAGAUUUUUUUAUAUGCCUGGAAGAAGACUGACCAAGUUCCAGAAAUAAAUGACUGGACCCACUGUGUAGAAACAAGUCAAAGCCAGAGUCAUACACUUGCUAUCAAAAAGUUAUGCUGGAAGAAUUGCAAUGGAGAAACUGAAAAGAAUGAAGGAGAAGAUGCUGAGUGGUUACACUUUGCAAGUUGUGGUGAAGAUCACACUGUGAAGAUACACAGGGUUAACAGACGUGCCCUGUGAUGAACUCAGUCACCACAUGCUUAUGAUCAUUGGUAUCUUAAAAUACCUAUCAUGUAAAUACAUCACCUUUCUUUACCUUCUUAAUUGAAUCGAGCUUCAUUUUUAA